AUGCGGUUCCUCGCCGUCCUAUUAGUGCCACUUGUUCUUGCCGAAAUCUGCCCCCAGGAAAAGCACACCAUCUGUAACACCGGACAUUUGACGUGCACAUGCUCAGUUUCUCAACAGGAUGAAAACCCAGUGCCAGAAAUUUCAUGCAAUGCCCUCAUCGCCAGAGACUUGGAAACUGGAAACUUCCCGGUUGUGUCAAUUGAAUUCAACGUGAAAGAUAAUGAGGGUCUCGAAGAGUUCCCAGAAGAAGCCUUCAAAGAGAAGAUUGCCUCCUCUCUUCGUGUCGAUGAUGAGGAAGAUAUCGUUGUUCUCCGUACCAACUGCCUUGGAACUGAAGAUAUCGUCACCGUUCAGUUUGUUAUCUUGAAGAAGGACACCAAUUCAAGCGCUUUGCCAUUCACCGUUGAGGAUUUGAUCGACAACGAAUCCAUCACAACCAGAAUGAAGGCCAUGAAACAUCUUGACAAAAUUGUUGAUAUUGACGUUGACAUCAUUGAAGCUACCGACGAAUUGAUUGACAUCGAGUACGAUCCAAGCAAUCUCGAAUUGAUCUUCAAGGCUAUUGUUCUGGGACUCACUUUCGGCUUCUUCUUCGUCCUCGGCAUCUGGAAGCUUAUGAAGAAGGGUGACGACUACGCCGAUGAUCUUCAAAAAGCCUAA